CAAAAACUCUCCUCAGUCUAUUAAGAAGUCUUGAUCUGUUUAAAAGGAAACCCCGUCCUUUCUACACAGCUCCAAUUCUCCGCUGGUGAGACAGAAAACUUGGCUGUGUUUGGACCAUGGGAGGUUAUUAUGGGCUGGCGGCUCUGGCGGGCGUGGCCUUGCUGCUGACGACUGGCCGGUGUGAUGUGAGCUGUAGAGGGAUGGACGGCCAGGCGGGAGAGGCUGGAGCACGGGGCCGAGAUGGAUAUCCUGGACCGAAGGGAGAGAAAGGAGAGCCAGCGGUGAUAGCCAAUGGUCCGGUGGAUGCAGCCGUCCUGCUGAGGCUGAGGGGGGAGAUGGGGAACCGGGGCCCACCAGGCGUGAUGGGUCCUAAAGGUUACCGUGGACAUCUGGGAGCAAUGGGUAACCCCGGAGAGGUCGGUCGCCCCGGUGCCGACGGGAAGAAAAGUGGCCAAGGAGGACGGCACUCCCCCCAGCAGGCCCGUUCAGCCUUUUCAGUGAUCAGGACCGUGAAUAGUUAUCCUCGCGUCGGCCAGGUGGUAACCUACCAGACUACCGUGGUCAACAAACCUGAGGACUUUAACGCAGCCACGGGUCACUUCACCUGCAGAAUAUCUGGUGUUUAUUACUUCACCUUCCACUCGGUUGCCAAGGUCAGCAUGUGUCUGAAUAUAGCCAGCAACGCUCUGACUAACAAGCUGGGAUUCUGUGAUUACACCAGGAACAAUGCCCAAGACCAGGUGCUGUCGGGCGGCGUGGUCUUACAGCUGACAGCCGGACAGAGGGUCUGGCUCGAGUCCUUCAAGGAUCAGCAGAAAACGUCAGCAAUGGCAGACACCCAAGAAAAACAGAUAAUCUUCAACGGCUUCCUGCUCUUCUCAAAUCCAGAAUAAAGUUGUCAUUCACAGUCAUACACUCAAUAAUUUCACUCCAGCAUUGAGUCUAAAAACCAAAGAAAGACUUAACCCUGCUACAUAAUGUCACAGGAUAGUAAAAUUGUGAUUUUUUCUUUUUUUUUUUUUUUUACGAACCCAGACGUAACUUUGGGUUUGUUUCUGUUUCCGUCAUUCUGACUCAUGCUAAUAUCCUUUUAAUGCUGACUUUGUCUGUGAACACCACGAAAACAUAUUAAAGUUUAUUAUUGAGUGUG